AUGGCCACCCCCAGUGUUCUCACCUUUGACGCUGAGGACGGUCUCUCCCUGUUUGACCUCACUUCUGGUGCCUCUCCUGCCCAUACUGCUGAUGCUGACACCACUGUUCGCUCACAGUGGGCCACGCGCGAUGCUGCUACCCGCCUUGCUGUGCGCCGCCACUUACCGACCGCUGAGCGUGCGCAUUUUAGUCAGUACAAGAGUGCUAAGACCUUGUACGACACUGUAGUUGCACGCUACUCUUCCCCUGCCACUUCUGCUCUUAGCCGCGUCAUACUGCCGUUCCUCUUCCCUGACCUCGCCGCUUUUCCCACAGUCGCUGACCUCAUUACACACCUUCGCACUAGUGACAUUCGCUACCGCGCUGCGCUUCCUGCUGAGUUCUGCGCCAAGAACCCCCCCCCUAUGGACCACUUCCUCUCUGUUUGCCCCACCAAUCUCACCGUUGACCUCCUCGAGGAGCGCCUCCUAGCAGCAGAGAAGAGUAUAGUCGUAAUAGGAGCCUCUCGUGGUGACCCUCGCACCCCUAUCUUUGAGGGGUGCUCCCCCUCCCCCCUCUUGCCCUCUGUUGCCUAUGCUGCUGCGGCCGACCUCGUUGGUCUUGAGUCGGUCGGCGCGGCGUCUGCCCCUAGCGGGAGACGUUGCUCAGGCAAGGGCAAGGGGGGCAAGGGCGCUAGAGGAGCUGGCGGGGGCGGUGGAGGCGGCGGUGGAGGCGGCGGAGGGGGUGGGGGUGGCAGUGGGAGUGGUGGCGGUGGUGGGGGCGCUAGUGGCGGCAGUGGAGGCGGAGGAGGCGGCGGUGGUGGCGGUGCGGGCGGAGGUGGCGGAGGUGGAGGCGGUGGUGGAGGUAGCGGUGGCGGAGGUGGAGCUGGUCGGGGCGGCGCUAUGCACAGGGUCGGCUCCGGUGGUGGUCAGCGCCAGCAGCAGCAGCAGCAGCAGCGCACUCGUGAGACCCCUUCCCCCCAGCAGCUUCGUGAGUGGUACACUGCUCGUCUGCGGGGUGGGGGUGCUGGCCCCUGUACCUACGUUCUACGCACCGGCGACCGCGCGGGUGAGCAAUGUGGGGGUCCGCACUCCACCCACCGCUGCUUUGGCCGCCUGACGGACUCUUGGCGUCAUCCGUUCCCUGACGCUACUAAGAUCCCUCGCUGGGGCGAGCUGUCUAGGGCGGGUGUUUCGAUCUUUGAUCUUGACUAUGAUGCUAUUCGUGCUGCCAUGUAUGCUGUGACUAUUAGUGAUGAGGGUGACUGUUACCGGUGUUUUCCGCCUGACCCGGGCAUUAAGGCUGCUGCUCUAGGUGCUUGUGAGGCUGCUGCUUUAGGUGCCAGUGAGCCUGCUGCCCCAGGUGCUGGUGAGUCUGCGCUCUCAGGUACCGCGUCGGCUCCGGCCACCCACACCUUCACCCUUGACUCGGGUGCUUCCCGCUCCUUUUUUCGAGACCGCUCCACGCUUACGCCGCUUAGUCGGCCAGUGGCAGUCUCCCUGGCAGACCCCUAUGGGGGUCCUGUCCUUGCCCACUUCUCCACUGUUCUACCGUGUCCGGCGGCCCCUUUUGGCACCCUGUCGGGUCUUUACCUCCCCUCGUUCUCUACGAACUUGGUAAGUGGUGCUGACCUCCAGGAUGGAGGGGUUCACCAGUUCACUCCUGCGAGUUAG